UGCUCUGAAAUUAUACCAAAAUUUGGUCCUUGGGUCAUGACAGUCCUUGCGCAUUCUGUAUUCUCUGCGGAAAACUUGUGUGAGAAAGUUCAUUUAUGCCCAAAACCGGAUAUACACAAACCCGAAAUAAUUGAUCUACCGGUUCCAACUACUAAAAAUCAUGUUACAAAUCCAGAAAACCGAAGCAAUGAUGUUAAUGAUGAAAGAAUCUGGGUAGUUCAUUUGAGUGAUUGGCAUUAUGAUUCAGAAUAUGCUGAAGGUUAUGAAGUCAAUUGUGGAGAACCAGUGUGUUGUCGUGCACCAAAUGCUUAUGGUGAUAAGGCAACUACUCCUGCUGGAAAAUGGGGAGAUUAUAACUGCGAUGUUCCCAAGAGAUUAAUUGAAAGCAUGUUAGAAUUUUUACCAACUGCUGUACCUAAAUUGGAUUUCAUAAUAUCUACGGGUGAUCUUCCUCCACAUGAUGUUUGGGCU